AGCUGGCCUUGGAGAGUGAGUUUGUUUCGUGCCAGCUUCACCAAUGGAUUGAUCUAAUUUUUGGCUACAAACAGCAAGGGCCAGAGGCUGUCCGAUCCCUGAAUGUAUUCUACUACUUAACCUACGAAGGAGCAGUCAAUCUGAGUUCAAUAACUGAUCCUGUAUUGAGAGAGGCUGUUGAAGCUCAAAUACGAAGUUUUGGACAGACCCCUUCCCAACUACUCAUAGAGCCACAUCCUCCAAGAAGUUCUGCCAUGCAGGUGUAUCUCCUCCUGCAGAGUCCAUUGAUGUUCACAGACCAAGCUCAACAGGAUGUUAUCAUGGUCCUGAAGUUCCCAUCCAACUCCCCUGUCACUCAUGUAGCAGCCAACACCCAGUCUGGUCUGGCAACUCCUGCUGUGAUCACAGUCACUGCUAACAGGCUAUUUGCUGUGAACAAGUGGCAUAACCUUCCUGCUCAUCAAGGUGCUGUACAGGACCAGCCAUACCAGCUGCCAGUGGAAAUCGAUCCUCUCAUAGCCAGCAAUACAAGUAUGCACAGGAGACAAAUCACUGACCUGUUAGACCAAAGCAUUCAGGUCCACUCCCAGUGUUUUGUCAUCACCUCUGACAAUCGUUAUAUCCUGGUUUGUGGCUUUUGGGACAAGAGUUUCCGAGUCUAUUCUACUGAUACAGGUAAACUAAUACAAGUAGUGUUUGGGCACUGGGAUGUUGUCACCUGUCUUGCCCGCUCUGAAUCCUACAUUGGAGGAAAUUGUUACAUUCUCUCAGGAUCACGUGAUGCAACACUGUUGCUCUGGUACUGGAAUGGUAAAACCAAUAGCAUUGGUGAUAACUCAAGUGGUGAUUUUGCCACUCCCCGAGCUGUCUUGACAGGACAUGACUAUGAGAUUGUUUGUGCUACGGUUUGUGCUGAACUUGGUCUGGUAAUAAGUGGUGCUAAAGAAGGGCCAUGUCUCAUACAUUCUAUGAAUGGAGACCUACUGAGGACAUUAGAAGGUCCUGAAAACUGCUUGAGACCAAAACUUAUCCAGGCUUCAAGAGAGGGCCAUUGUAUCAUAUACUAUGAAAAUGGCCUUUUCUGUGUAUUCAGUGUGAAUGGGAAACUUCAGGCCACUAUGGAAACGGAUGACAAAAUAAGGGCAAUCCAGCUGAGCCGUGAUGGACAGUAUCUGCUUACAGGUGGAGACAACGGGGUCAUCGUGGUAUGGCAGGUGUGUGACCUCAAGCAGCUUUUUGCUUACCCAGGCUGUGAUGCUGGAAUCCGUUCCAUGGCCCUGUCAUAUGACCAAAGGUGUAUAAUGACUGGCAUGGCUUCUGGGAGCAUAGUGCUUUUCUACAAUGAUUUCAACCGAUGGCAUCAUGAAUAUCAAACCAGAUACUGAUGUUGCAACAGACCAGAACUAGCACUGACAAGGACAGCUGCUGUCAGAAUGAAACUGAACAUAGCAAACCUCUCUUCAGUAUCCUGCCGCAGCAUUGUUCUGUAUAAAUAGCUAUAUUACACCUGAAUGUAACUGAAAUUUGCUCAAAGAUGCAAACUAUUUUUUAAAGUUAAUUGCUAUUUUUGUAGACUUUGCAUGAUUUUUUGGGGGCAAAGGGCAAAGAAGCAGAAAAAUGGCUGCUGGGUUCUGUAGUUAAAAUCUAUAUUUUUAGUCAUAAUGAGAAGUCUAUUUUGAUUCAUGUAUGGAAAGAAACUUAAAAUUAAGAUGGUUAAAACUCUUAUUCUAGCUAUAUUAUGAAGAAAUAUAUUUCCCAUCUAAAGCUUUAUCUAUAACCUCAAGGAAUAUAUAUGAUUUUAACAAAUUGAAAGUGGGUUAUAAUACUGGGGAUUUUAAUUUGUGCUACACUUUGUCUUGAUGUACUUUUCCAAAUGAUUAUACUUCUUCAGCACUGAAGUUUCUGGGAAUCAAUAAUAAUAUUUAAAUUAUGAUAAAUGUAAUUUUAAACAUGACAAGGAAUUGUUUCCAUCAAUAUUACUGUUCAAGCAUGUUUCUAGACCUAGACAAUUUAGUUCUUUUUUAGUUGUAUGUUUUUGUUGUGCAGUUAAGAGGGAGAAAUCAGCAACAGAGUCUGUGGUACGUCAAAUGUGAAUCCUACUAGUUUUUACCUGGUAUUUCCUUCAGAGCAGACCAAAAUGUGCGUUGUUCCUCAAAAUCAAAACUUCAACUUGGACAUGUCCUCAAACUAGCAACCUGCACAAUAUUUCUUUUUAAUUAGAUGCAAGUACCAAAGCACACUUCUGCUGCUUGACUAUGAAAGCACUAAGAGGCAGGCAUUCAAAUGUUUAUAGCUUUGACAUCUUUGCAGAAGCUCUAGACUUGCAAACUUCUUUCCCAUUUUUUUAGUUUUUUUCUUCAGAGGACUAACCACCAUAGUUAUGUAGCAGAUUCCAUAUCUUGUGCUGUGUAUGGCAACAAAACCGUUCAGUUUCUGCUACCAAAUCCAAUCCAAUCUUGUCCAAUCACGUUAAUAAAUUAUCUCCUCCCUUAGGAAAUGAAAAAUAAUUUAUACUAAGGAACAAUAAGUUAUUUUGGUGUUGCAUAAUUCUACUUUUCUACAAGAUUGCUGUGCAGAAUUCUGUGAAAAUAUUUGUGAAAAGAACUGUAUUGUUUUGUAAGUCUGUAUUGCAUAAAUAACUUUUCAUGUGUUGUGAUCUAUAUGAGUUAAAACUUACAUUCCAUAUCUGUAUCAAUUUCUCUAGCUGCCCACUGGAGCAGUUCCCAUUUUUCUCUUUAAGCAAAGAUUUGGAAGGAGGAAACUCCAGUUUGAGUGAAGAAAUUAAAUAAAAUGGCAUUUGUAAUUGAGACCUUCAA